AUUACAUACCAACCUAUGUACAAGUGGUUGUAACCAGCGGCUCUGUAUUAGCUUUAACGGCUGCAGGUUUAUUGUUCUAUUUUCAAUGUGAGUUGAUAUAUCCGGCUAGGUUCCCCGAGGGUUCGAGGGUACAUGUAGCAAAACCAUCUGAAUAUGGGAUGAACUAUACGGAAGAAAUAUUAACUACAAAGGAUGGCAUCAAGAUUAGAGCUUAUAUUUGUAUAUUACCUACCGACGCCGUCAAUAGACCUACUAUUUUAUUUUUUCAUGCCAAUGCUGGGAAUAUGGGUCAUCGUUUACCAAUUGCUCAAAAAUUCUUCUUGCAAUUUAAGUGUAAUGUUGUGUUGAUUUCAUAUAGGGGAUACGGGCUGAGCGAGGGGACGCCUAAUGAAAAAGGCCUUCGAAUUGACGCACAAACUUUGUUAGACUUUGUAUUGAAUCACGAGGUAUUGAAGAAAACGAAGUUAGUGGCUUAUGGUCAAUCUCUUGGUGGUGCUGUAUCAAUUGAUUUGGUUUCUAGAAAUGAAGAUAAGUUCAGUGGCAUGAUUUUGGAAAACACAUUCUUAAGUAUCCCAAAAGUAAUACCGCAUGUGAUGCCGGCACUUCGCUAUCUUACCUUUCUUUGUCACCAAAUCUGGCCAUCUGAGAAAUAUAUACAGCAGAUUGCACACACCCCUAUAUUAUUCCUCUCUGGAAAACGAGAUGAAUUAGUUCCGCCAUUUCACAUGAGAACAUUACAUGAUCUGUCGAUAACAAGUGAAGCCAAGAUAUUCAAGGAAUUUGUUUACGGUACUCAUAACGAUACAUGUUUGCAGCCAGAGUAUUUUGACGUUGUUUAUGAAUUUUUAAAGAGAGAGGUUUUGUUAGAGGACGUGACCAGAGAAUGGGUCACUGUCUGA